AUGGGCCAGGACGACUGGCUCAUCGCCUUCGCCCCAAUAACCCUAAUCUCGACCGGCGGGUUCCUCGCGACAAAUUUCUUCCACAACCGCGAAAGCACAGGGGACAUCGACUACCUUCUCGAACCACAGUGGGCGCACGACAACGAUAUCAAAAAGCCGCUCCGCGACGCGAUGACCCGCGCCGCGCGCCAUCUAGGAUUCAUCGACGACUGGCUCAAUGACGAAGUAGCCUUCUUCGUACCGGAUAACCACCGCGAGUUACUCUUCGAGAAAGCCGAGGAGCAGAAUAUCGUGCUGUGGGAAGGGGCGUAUCUGCGCGUUCUCGCGGUGCCGCUGGAGUGGGCGCUGGAGCGUAAACUUCGUCGCAUACAUAAUAGUCGAAGACAUAUUAAGCGCGGGUCGGAUAUUUCGGAUGUCGUGGCUAUGUUGAAACAUUUGCGGACGCAGGCUGGUGGUCCGUUGAAUCGGGAAUAUGUGAGGACGAUGAGCAUUUGCUCGUUUGAGAUGCCGCCGGAUAAACACACCAUGAACGAGAUAGCAGCGGCUUAUCGAGACAAAUAUAAUGAAGAGGCUUUUCUAUAG